UCUAAAUUAUUUUUCUUGCCAGGGCUUUGUACAGUCUUUCAUGAAAGCGGAUUUAACACUGAUCCUCCAGUGAGCCCAACAAGACGCAAAGCCUAUGGGCUAUUCAGGAUUAACAAUUCAGACUGGUGCUCUGAUGGGGUUCAGCCCUCAAAGAAUCUCUGCAACAUUUCCUGUUCUAAGCUAAUUGAUGAUGACAUCAAGGAUGACAUUCUGUGUGCCAAGAAAAUUAUAAAGCAGAAUGGGCACUUGAAGGCCUGGCCACGCUGGGCAAAAAGGUGUCGUGGAAAAGAUCUUUCGGUUUAUGUGAAAUCCUGUAAUUUUGAGAUUCCAAUUCAGGAAACAAAAAGUUAUGAAACUUGGUGAUGGCAACCAUAUUCACAUGAAUGGACACAUAUGUUGAAGGUGAAGUCUCCUUGAUCAAAUAUGACUGAAGAUUUUCUACCGUUAUUGAUUUUAUUUAUCUGUUUGAAUAUCCAAUAAAAUGUUUUAAAAUCAGGUUUUUUUUUCUAUCAUCUAUUCUGACCAGGCAGCUCACCAAAAGUGCAACAGGGAUCAAAAUGAGAGGAUGUAGUAGCACGUCAUUUCCUGCCAAAUCUCCACUAUACAAUAAGAUUGUAACUUCCUUGUAAGCACCAAUCUGUUUACCAACACUGCACCUACAAAUACCAAGGGACUACUGAUGAACGCCCCUUGAGUAUGACUUAGAAUUUUAUCACGCACAAUUAAAUAAAUGUUUCUACACAUUUGGGGAUGGCAAUGGGGACUCAUCCCCAGGUAGUCCUAGGACUACCUGGUAGUGAGUCCCCACGGGCCCAAUAUUUAUUUAUUUAUUUAAACAUUUAUAUUCCACC